AUGCAGCCUAAGAAGGAGGCAGGGCGGAGAAGGCAGGGAAGUACAAGCAGACGCAAUUACAGCUCUAGCAAUGUUUCCUGGCUAAACAAGCGCAAUUAUGGAGAGCAGGAUAGAGGCGUAGGAAGGAGGCCGAGUAUCUGGGCAAGUCUGAUGGAUAUUUUCUAA